CUUAACCACGUCAAACAUCAAGCUCCUUAUUUCCCUCCCUCCCUGCCUCCGCAGAAACUCGUUCUGUGCAUCGCUCUGCUGCUUCUCGCUGCUCAGCUGUCGGAAUCCGCCUGCUUCUUUCAGCGACAGAUCACAAGAGCCAGAGGCAAACCCCGGGUGCGCAAUAGGUGCAUUGAUAAAUUCGAUGGGACGAUUCAUCACAUCGGAGAAAGUUGGAAAAAUUCCAACUGUCUGAACUGCGAGUGUUCGGUUGAUGGUUAUGAAUGCUGUGAGCUGUAUUCCACGCCAACUAGUUUCGAAAGUGAUUGUACCGUAUAUUUCGAUCGUAAGGCUUGUGAGUUUCGAGUCCGCUUGGAUUCCGACCCGUCUGUCGAGUGUCCAGUGCUUGAAGCUGUUGGGAGAUGAGCUGCAAUAAGCCGGCCACUCCCUUCCAAUGUGGAGACAUUUCCUCAAUGGGAAACAGAAGCGUUGCAUCUUGCAUGUAAUGUCUGCAUCACAAUAAACAUAUACCA